GCUGCUGUCUUACCAUCUAAACCUUCACAGUUCUGCAACAAAACCCAUCGUAUUGUUGUUACUAAGUGUCUAAAACCAUUAUUGUACCAACUGGAGGAGGAGUGCUGCAGCAUGGGACUCAGCUGCUUCAAGUCCUGGAAACAUGACAGUACAGGCCAUAAAGGUAACAGAGAUGUGUUGGCCAGUCCUGGCUCGUAUUUCUUCCUAUCUAACAGCGCCGGUCAGGGUGACGAGUGGCUGAAGAGCCUCAACAAGGGAGUCUGGAUCCCUUUCACAGGGGUCUUUGGUCAGAGUUUGGAGGAGACAGUGUUGUAUGAGCGACGUUAUGGGGUCCGUUUGGUUCCUCUGGUGGUGGAGCAGUGUGUGACAUUCAUCCGGGAACGUGGCCUGCAUGAAGUGGGCUUGUUUCGCCAGUCGGGACAGGCCAGUCUGGUGAAAGAGCUCCAGGAGGCUUUUGAUGCAGGAGAGAGACCAUCCUUUGACAGCAGCACAGACGUCCACACGGUGGCAUCACUGCUGAAGCUCUACCUCAGACAACUGCCAGAGCCACUGGUUCCUUACAGCCGCUACCAGGAAUUCCUGCUCUGUGGUCAGAAGCUGUUGAGUGACCGCACACUGGGUUUGGGGGAGUUGAGGAAUCUUCUUCGGGAGUUGCCAGUUGCAAACUUCAACCUACUCAACUUUAUCUGCCAGUUUCUAAAUGAGGUCCAGAGUUACUCCAGUAGUAACAAGAUGAGUGGCCAGAACUUGGCCACUGUGUUCGGGCCAAACAUCCUCCGAGCCAAAGCUGAAGACCCACAAAGCAUCGUGGGAGGUGCAGCACUAGUCCAGGUGCUGAUGUUGGAGCUAAUCAGAGAGCAUGAAUCUCUAUUUGCCAAAGUCCCCCCAUCUAUCUCUGUCCGUCCACCUGGAGGUUCACGAGCAUCACCAAGUGCUCUGAGGCAUCCUCAUCUCCACCCGUCACCCUGCCUCCGCCAGCUGUCUCUGCCUCUCAUUGCAGAACGCUCCAGAGAGGCAGGACAACCUGCCACGGACUCACAGGACCCCAGCUGUAUCUAUUCUGCUGCUGCCAAAUCUGACUUAUCCUCUGGUCAGAAGAGACAUCUCGGCCAUCGCUACACCUCCUCCCACCCAGAGAACUGCUUCUACCCCCUGCCCUCUUCCAGUCAGCCAAUUCAACACCACUCUGGCCAAGCCAAUAUAGAUUAUCACCAGCACCAUGCUGGCCAAGGACCAUUCCCUGCAAAUAUUCAAGCCUCUUCAACCAGUCUCCAGCUACAAGAUCCACUAUCAGACUGCUCCAAACCCAAACCGGUUCUCAUGGGCUGGGGAAAGGCCUGGCCAGGUCCGAGAGAGUCAGGUGCUGGAUAUUGGAACUCUGGUGCUGCAGAGGAAGGUGCAGUGCCAGAAAAUGCGAGUGGGGGCAGCAGUGAUGCUCAUGAAGAUAGCGCCCUUUCUGCCUAUGACAACCUGGACAGAGUGUCUCUAGGUCAGAGGAUGGAGGAUAUCACUGGUGAACAUCUUGAAACCAAUGAUCCUGAAAGCCAUGCUGGAAAUUGUGAAGAAGAGGGGGAGCUAGAAGAAGCAAGGCAGACAAGGGACUCCUCCUCUUCAUGGUCUUCCUGUGAUAUUCUACCACUGGAUGAGAGUGCUGAUGCUGUGUGUGCGAUUAGUCCUGACAUGUCACCAAAGAGACUGAAAAGAUUACCUUCAAGUGUGGUAGCUGAAGAGGAAAACAAUCAUGAUGACGAACAUGAAGACAACAACAAUGACAAUGAUGACGAUGACAUCCACCACCCUAACUCCCCAGCCUCCGGUUCUGUACUCAGUGACAGUCCUCUGAGUACGGGCAGCUCUGAGGUCUUCCUCCCCUCUGGUCCUCCAGACCUCCAGGAGCCUGAGCCUCAGUCACAGGCCAGGGACGCUCACUCACUCCUGGCCGAGCUGCGACAGCAGAUGGCACAGCAGAAGGCUGAGUACCAGGCAAGGAUUCAGAGGUUGGAACGCUGUAAUGAUGUCCUCGAGCGUCAGGUUGCAGUACUGCGGGCCAGUCUGGAGCAGCAGAAGCGUAGCCAAAGUGUUGCUGAGAUCAAGAUUCGCAACAUGGAGCGAGCCAAAGCCGAUGCAGACUUCCGAAAUUCCACGCUGCAGAGGGAGAUGGAGAUGUUCUUCCAGAUGUAUGGAGAGUUCAGAAGAAGAGGAAGAGAUGAAGGAGGAAGAUCGGGAGAAAGUCUCUGAAGAUGGACAAAAAGGGAAAGGUGGAGCAAUUCUUUAAAGGGAAUAGAUAGAUUUGUUGCUCAGCUUGUUGAAAGGGAUGGAUGGAUAAAAAGCAUAAAAGAGGAAGUGGAAAAAGAUGAUGUCCACCGGAGAUCCAACUCUUCUGAGCAGACCGUGAAGGCAUCAAACCCUGAAAGAAAACAGUCAGGGCAAGAAGUUUAACGAGUUAUUGUCUAAUCCUGAAGACAGUCAUAAAAAAAGAAGUAAUUACACAGUUGUGUAUCAUUCAAACCAGUUGGCGUCCAGAAGAUGGCAAGAACAUUUGAACGAGCUUCUUCACCUACACAGAGUCUGGACUUGCCCAUCAAGGAACUGUUGAAAAGGUUUACUGGAGCAACAGAUGAAAACUCUUAAGUGUCUUUCUGUUUCAUGCAAACCAGUAACCAA